AUGAGCCCACGAGCUGGCGUUUCCACUCUCAAUGUACAGGUGAAGAAACGGGAGUACAGAGCUGCAGGAACGGCACUAAGGAUGCUCUGGGCUGGACAGGGCAAGGGGAUCCUGGGAGGCUGGAGGAUCAUCGGCUUGGUGGUGUCUCUGCUCCUGCAGCACCCGGGAGUUAACAGCAAGUGUUACUUCCAAGCUCAAGCCCCCUGCCACUAUGAUGGGAAAUAUUUCACUCUGGGUGAAUCCUGGCUCCGCAAGGACUGCUUCCAUUGUACCUGUCUGCAUCCUGUUGGUGUGGGCUGCUGUGACACGUCUCAGCAUCCCAUUGACUUCCCCGCUGAGUGUGAAGUACGCCAGGAGGCAGGAACCUGUCAGUUCUCUCUGGUGCAAAAAUCUGACCCUCGGCUGCCCUGCAAAGGGGGGGGACCCGACCUAGAAUGGGGCUCAGCUAACACCCCUGUUCCUGGGGCUCCUGCUCCCCACUCCAGCUAA